GCUGCUUUCUUACGCAAGUCUCUGGGUUAUUUAAAGAAAAAAAAAACAGGAAGUCACAGGACUUAUCCAGCACCGCAUGAUUACAUCUGAGACACACUCACACACUUACACACUCAAAGACGAAGAGUUCGGUGGUUUUUGAGUCUUCUAUCAGAGGUAAGUACUUUUCUCUUUUCUUCAGAAGGUAAAAAGCAGAAAAAAUGACAAAUCGCAAGAAUCUGAACCCCCCCUAUGAGGUCUCCAAUACAUAUUGUGGGCUGUUCACACUUUUAGACACACUGGAGGAUUUUCCAACAUAAACGUUUAACUAGUCCACUCCUCCAAAAAACUUCAUUUAGUUUUUGUUUUUUUAAGCGUGUGUUUUGGGUCAUUGUCCUGCUGCAGAACCCAAGUACAGUUCUGAGCUUGAGGUCACAAACUGAUGGCCGGACUGAUGAUUCUCCUUUAGGAUUGUCUGGUAAACAGACAAAAUUAAAUAAAUCUUGCUCUGGGUUCUUUUGUUUGGGACCUCCUGGAUGAGUUGUUCAUGCCCUUUUGGAGUAAUUUCGGUCGGCCGGUCACUCCUUGGAAGGUUCACCAGUGUUCUGGAGUCCCAAAGCUUUAAAAAUGACUUCAUAACCUUUUCCAGACUGAUAGAUGAUCAGUGACUUUCUUUGUUUUCUCAUCUGUUUUUGAGUUUCUUCAGAUUGAGUAUAAUGUGUUGCUUUUUAAGAUCGUUUAUCUGCUUCAUGUUGUCAGACAGGUUCUAUUUAAGUGAUUUCUUGAUUCUACAGGUCUGGUAGUAAUCAGGUCUGGUUGUGGUUAGUAGUGAAAUUGAACUCUGCUUUUCAAAAAGUGUGAUUAAUCACAGUUAAUUCAGGAGGUGAUUACUUUUUUAAAAUAGGGCCGAGUUGAUUUGGAUUUACUUUUUUAACCUAAUAAAUAAAAUCAACAUUUAAAAUCAGCUUUUUGUAUUUAAUUAGGUUAUGGUUUAGCUAGUCACGUAUUAACAUUUCUAUUUACAGGACUUCAAGCUAAUUAAUCAACACUCAUUGUUAUUAAUUAUUAGGUUCCAGUGCUGCAGAGUUCCAGUGCAUCAUGGCUGUGAAUAUAAAAAUGGACAUUCGGAAUGAACCUUUUUGGAACCAGGAAGCAGAGAGAGUGAGCAGAAGCUCUGGAUUACAUGAUAGACAUGCUCAGUACAGAAGGCUGUUCAGGAUGGCUGUACUGUGUCUGGGUGUGAUGUGUAUUCUUCAGGCAUCUCUGAACAUUGCUCUGAGACUCUACUAUGAAACAACAAAAGACGAAUGGAGGGUCUUCAACUCCAGUGUUUAUCAAAUCUUUUUUGAGGAGAAGACCUGGACUGAGAGCAGAGACGACUGUAUAGAGAAAGGAGGAGACCUGCUGAUCAUCAACAGCAGAGAAGAACAGGAGUUCAUCUUUAAAGAGUUCGGCAGAUCCGACGCUUGGAUUGGUCUGACGGAUGCAGUAAAAGAGGGGGUCUGGAAAUGGGUGGACGGUUCAGAACCGACCGUUAAGUUCUGGUGGAGAGGUGAGCCUAAUAGUUAUGCAGGAAAUGAGGACUGUGUUAUAAGUGACUUCAGGUUUGCUAAAUCUGCUGUAUUUUCAUGGGCAGAUUAUCCCUGUAAUUACACUGGAUCCUGGAUCUGCGAGAAACAAAGGACUGUAUAUUAACUGUAUAUAAACGUCUUGUUUAAGAUCAUCUACAGCAUCUCAGUCAGAUUUUAACUAGGUCACUCCAAAACCUUCAUUCAGUUUUUAUGUUUAAUCCAUUAAGAAGUAAACUUGUUUGUGAGCUUUGGGUCAUUGUCCUGCUGCAGAACCAAAGUACACCUGAGCUUGAGGUCAUGAACAGAUGGCUGGAUAUUCUCCUUCAGGAUUGUGUGGUAAACAACAGAAUUCCUGCUUCCAUCUAUUACAGCAAGUUGUCCAGCAGCCCCAGACAUCACACACACUACCACCACCAUGUUUUACAUUCAGUAUGAUGCUCUUUUUCUGAAAUUAUGUGUUAGUAGUUUUACACCAGAUGAAACUGAACAAACAGCUUCCAAAAAGUUCCACUUUUGUCUCGUCAGUCCAAAGAAUAUUUACCCAAAGUUUUGGAGAUCAUCAGGAUGUUUGUUGGUAAAUGUGAGACUGUGGGUGGUUGUGUUCUUCUGUUUUUGGUCAGCAGUGUUUUUUAUCUUGGAAUUCUCCCCACGGAGACCAUUUUCACCCAGUCUCUUUCUUAUUAUUGAAUCAUUAACUUUGAAUCAUUAUCUUAAUUGAGGCGAGUGAGACCUGCAGUUCUUUAAAUGUUGUUCUGGGUUCUUUUGUUUGGGACCUCCUGGAUGAGUUGUUCAUGCCCUUUUGGAGUAAUUUCGGUCGGUCGGUCGGCCGGUCACUCCUGGGAAGGUACACCAGUGUUCCAUGUUGUUUUCUCCAUUAGUGAAUAAUAAUAGCUCUCACUGUGGUUCUCUGAAGUCUCAAAGCUUUUGAAAUGACUUUUUAACCUUUUCCAGACUGAUAGAUGAUCAAUGACUUUGUUUUCUCAUCUGUUUUUGAUUUUCUUCAGAUCAGGGUAUAAUAUGUUGCUUUUUGAGAUCUUUUAGCUGCUUCAUGUUGUCAGACUGGUUGUAUAUUUAAGUGGUUUCUUGAUUCUACACGUCUGGCAGUAAUCAGGUCUGGUUGUGGUUAGUAGUGAAAUUGAACUCAACUUUCCAAAAAGCGUGAUCAAUCACAGAUAUUUUUUCACAAAGUGCUAAAUUGGUUUGGAUGUUUUUUUUUCCUUUAAUAAAUAAAAAUAUAAUUUAAAAAGUGACGUCUAUUUUUACUCAAGCUAUAUUUGUCUAAUAUUAAAAUUUGUUUGAUAAUCUGAAAAAUUGUCAUUUUUUUCAGAUUUGUGGAAAAUAAAGAACAACAUUUUUAUUUAUUGUGUGGAAAAAGUGAAGACAUGCCUUAACAACUCGUAUUCUUUCCCCCAUUUGCUGAAAUAACCUUAGUUUAGUUCCAUCUUAGACAUAACCAUCUUACCAGCCUCAAUAUCCUCAGGAAGAAAGAUUUUCCUACUCCUCCAUGCUGUAUUCUUUCAGCUGGGUGAUUUAUGAGUGGAAUUCGAUGCGGAAUUCACAGCUCGUUUCAAAUCUGAAUCAAGAUCUGGAUCUGUUCUUUGACUUUCUAGGACUCUUAGUUUUCUUUCUGUCUAGCUAUUCAUUCUGAAUAGCAUUUACUGGAAUGUUUUUUGGGUCAUUUUCAUGUUGCAUGGUCCACUGCAACUUCUGUUCCUCAAGACCCUCUGAUACAGGUCUAACCAUGUGCCAUAUCCAUUGAGGCCAGCAGAGGGAGCCAUUACUCUAAUAUUUUGGACAAAAAAGGCAAUAUAAAAAUCCAAAUAAAGAAAUUUGAAACAUUUGAACCAAUAUUUGAUAAAAUAGUCUAGUUCUGUAGUUUAAUGUGCCAGAAAAAUAAACCUCUGUAAAUUCUUUUCAACUGCAGUUUUGAUGUUCAUCAUUCCACAAAGUUAUAAAUAUCAGCUUUUUAUGAAAGACUAUUAAAUAAAGAGUUAAAUAUAUAUAUAAUAUUCAUUUCUAAAGCUUUGGAACUCUAGAGGACCACAGG